GCAUAUGCUUUUACUCUCAAACCCAAGAAAAGCAAAGAUAUAUAAUAUUAUAUAUAUAUAAACAUAUAGCCUACUGUUUACUAACCAUGGUCCGUGAGAGGAAGCUCGUUGAUGAGGUGUCCGGUUGGCUGCGGGUCUAUGACGACGGCUCAGUGGACCGGACGUGGACCGGACCGCCGGAGAUGAAAUUCGUGGCCGAGCCAAUCCCUGCCCAUGAAGAAUUCGUCGACGGAGUAGCCGUAAAAGACAUCGUCGUGAAUAAAAAGUCCGGUCUCCGAGCUCGGAUUUAUCUACCGGAGAGAAAGCUUGACGAACACGACAAGUUUCCAAUCCUUCUUCACUUCCAUGGAGGUGGGUUUUGCAUUAGCGAAGCUGACUGGUACAUGUACUACCACAUGUACACCCGCCUUGCACGUUCAGCCCGAGUGAUUUGUGUCUCGGCGUUCUUACGCCGCGCCCCCGAGCACUGUCUCCCGGCCGCCGUCGACGACGGCUACUCCACACUCCUCUGGCUGCGCUCGUCGGCUCAAGAAUUGCAGGAGCCCUGGCUCAAAGAAAGUGGAGACUUCAACCGUGUUUUCCUCAUCGGAGAUAGCUCCGGAGCGAACCUCGUCCAUGAAGUGGCUGCAAGAGCUGGAAAGAUAGAUUUGAACCCGUUGAGACUCGCCGGAGGGAUUCCGAUCCACCCAGGAUUCGUACGGUCGAAGAGAAGCAAGUCGGAGCUAGAGCAACCUCAAUCACCAUUCCUAACGCUAGACAUGGUGGACAAGUUUCUCGGCUUUGCGUUGCCAGCGGGGUGCACCAAAGACCACCCAAUAACCUGUCCGAUGGGGUCUUUGGCCCCUCCAUUGGAGGAGCUCAACCUGCCGCCAUUGCUGCUCUGCAUAGCAGAGAAUGACUUGGUGAUAGACACAGAGAUGGAGUAUUACGAAGCCAUGAAGAAGGCUAAAAAGGAAGUGGAGCUGUUGAUUAGCCAUGGAAUGGGACAUAGCUUCUAUCUUAACAAAAUUGCAGUGGAUUUGGACCCAAAUACGGCUGCCCAAACGGAUAAUCUCAUUGCAGGGAUCAAAGAAUUCAUCAAAAAGCACUAAAUUUAUGAUCACUUGCAUUUAAUUAUCAAGCAAUUUUCUAUUAUGUUGUGUAGUUUUUUUGUGUGCACAGUUUGUGUGCAGAUAAAACCCAGUACUCUAUUUUGCUUCUGCUUUGAUUUUUGUUCACUGUGUUUAAUUACAUGUUUCUGUGCAAUUGUUCGGUUAA